AUGACCAAGAAGAGAAUAUGCUGGAAUCCCAACUCAUCUGGUGGCCAUGUGAAUCUUGGUUUGGAUAUAAGUGAUGAUAUGGUUUCAGGGAAUAGCUAUAAAACCUACAGUAUUGAAGACAGCUCUUGGAGCCCACAGGAGAGGAAGCUUGAGACAGCAGUGGGGAAAGAUGUUCUUCCUUCCAGGAAGUAUGAAGCUGCUUGGAGAACCAUGAUUCCUUUUCGCCCCAAGCCCAAGUUUGCCACUUCUCAUCCACUGGAUUAUGCUGGUUUGUUCUCCUAUGCCACAUUGUCAUGGCUCACCCCAUUCAUGAUUCUAGGUUCACAGAAACGCUUAGAUUCAGACAACAUUCCCCAGCUGUCAGCACAGGAAUCUUCAGCCAAAAAUGUCAAAAGACUUUGCCGCCUCUGGGAAGAAGAAGUCUCACAGUAUGGAAUUGACAAAGCUUCCAUGUUUCGAGUGAUGCUGAGGUUCCAAAGGACACGGGUUUCUAUUGCCUUGUUUAUAGGAUGCUUCUUCUCUGUGGCAAGCAUGCUAGGGCCAGUGCUUAUGAUUCCAAGAAUCCUAGAAUAUCCUGAAGAGUGGUCUGGAAAUAUUGCUUAUGGAGUGGGAAUAUGUAUUGGUCUUUUUUUCUUUGAGACUCUGAAGUCUUUGUUUUUGACCACAUAUUGGAUCAUUAAUGAAUAUACAGCCAUCCGGUUUCGUACUGCCGCCUCCUCCUUAGCCUUUGAGAAGCUAUUACAAUUUAAGUCUUUAAUGCACAUUACCACAGGAGAGGUCAUCAGUUUCUUUACCAAUGACUUGACUUACCUGUUUGAAGGGGUGUACUAUGGUCCAAUGAUCUGGCUUGCCUUCACAACGCUGGCUGCUAGCACCAUCACCACCUGCAUUCUUCUGGGACCCACUGCACUGCUUGCCGCUCUCUGCUAUCUCCUGGUUUUACCACUGGAGGGACUCCUAACCAUGAAGGUCCUGAAGCUACAGAGUUGUGCAUCUGAGGUCACUGACGAGCGCAUCCGCAUGACCAGUGAAAUACUCACCUCUAUUAAGAUGAUUAAAAUGUACACCUGGGAGAAACCAUUUGCAAAAAUAAUCAAAGAUCUUAGAAAGAAGGAAAGGAAGCUAUUGGAGAAAUGUGGAUUUGCCCAGAGUAUAACCACCAUAACCUUGUACAUUGCACCCACAGUGGCCUUAGUGUUGACGUUCCUCAUUCACACAUUAUUACGAUGGAAACUCACUGUGCCAAUUGUGUUCACUGCCGUAGCUGCCUUCAACUCCAUGCGGCUGAUAGUGUUCCUGGUGCCCUUUGGUGUGAAAGGCAUCACCAAUUUCAAGACUGCUUCAGAGAGAUUUAAGAAGUUUUUUCUUCAGGAGAGCCCUGUUUUGUAUGUCCAGUCAUUGACAGACCCCCACCAAGCACUGCUUCUGGAGGGAGCCACCUUGUCAUGGAAAAAAUCCUGUCCUGGGAUUAUCAAUGAGGCAUUGGAGCUAGAAAGGAACGGACAUAACCACGAAGGAAUAACCAAGCCAUCACCUCCACUGAGGGGCAUUAGACCAGAGGAUAAAAGGGAUAACCAGGGCCCAGAACUGUACAAGAUAAAUCUGUUGGUGCCAAAGGGGACCAUAUUAGGAGUUUGUGGCAAGACAGGGAGUGGCAAGAGCAGCCUGCUGUCAGCCAUUCUGGGGGAGAUGCACUUGUUGGAAGGUUCUGUGGGGGUUCAUGGAAACUUGGCCUAUGUUCCUCAGCAGGCCUGGAUCAUUGAGGGUAGCAUCAAGGAAAAUAUCCUCCUUGGAAACCAGUACAACAAGACCAGGUACCUCCAGGUUCUCAGUUGCUGUUCCCUGACCCAGGACGUGAAGAUGCUGCCCUUUGGAGACAUGACACAGAUCGGGGAGCGUGGCAUCAAUCUCUCUGGAGGGCAGAAGCAGCGGAUCAGUCUGGCCCGUGCCGUCUACUCAGAUCGUGAGAUCUUACUGCUCGAUGAUCCCCUGUCAGCGGUGGACCUGCAAGUGGGGAAGCAUAUCUUUGAGGAAUGCAUUAAGAAGGUGCUACGGGGAAAGACAGUGAUCCUUGUCACCCACCAGUUGCAGUAUUUAGAGUUUUGUGACCAGAUCAUUUUGCUAAGAGAGGGGAAAAUAUGUGAAAAAGGAACUCACAGUGAACUUCUACAGAAACAGGGGCAAUAUACCAAACUCAUCCAGAAGACCUUCAGGAAAGCCAAACAGGCCGAGCGGAAGGACACAGCUAAGAUAGCAAAGGAGCCACUAGAGGAAGCUCAGGUGCAGACCAUGUCCCAGGAAGACACUACCAAGGAGAAUGCUGAGACUGUGCUGGAAAAUAAGAUUAUAAAUGAGGAAAACAUGGAAGAAGGUCUCUUGAAAUUCAGUGUCUACCACCACUACAUCCAGGCAGCUGGAGGUUACAUGGUCUCUAUUGUGGUUUUACUUCUCAUGCUGCUCAUCGUCUUCCUCACACUCUUCAACUUCUGGUGGCUGAAUUACUGGCUGGAGCAGGGAACUGGGAACAAUAGCAGCAGAGAGAGCAACAGGACCACUAUGGAAUAUGGCGACAUACUGGACAAUCCUCAGCUGCCCUUUUACCAAAUGGUGUAUGGCCUCAUUGCUCCAAUUCUGAUAUUAUUAGGGAUUUGUUUCUCUGCCAUGUAUACCAAGCUCACAAAGAAGGCAUCCACAACCUUGCACAACAAGCUCUUCAGUAAGGUUUUCCGCUGUCCCAUGAGUUUCUUUGACACGAUCCCAACAGGCCGACUCCUGAACUGCUUUGCUGGAUACCUGGACGAGGCAGACAAGUUCUUGCCCACAAUUACAGAACACACCCUGCUCCUGUUCUUGGUGGCGAUUAGCGUCGUCGUGAUUAUCAGUCUGCUUUCUCUGUAUAUCCUAUUAAUAGCAAGCAUAGUAAUCAUCGUUGCUUUCAUUUACUAUACAUACUUUAGGAGGGCUGUCAAUGUGUUCAAGAGACUGUUCAACUACAGCUGCUCCCCUAUUUGCACCCACGUCCUCACUUCUCUGCAAGGCCUGAGCUCCAUUCAUGUCUAUGGGAAAAUCGAAGAUUUUAUCAGCACAUUCCAAAGGCUAACUGACACACAGAGUGGCUACCUGAUGAUGUUUAUAUGUUCCACGCGAUGGAUGGCACUGAGAAUAGAUUUCAUGACAAACCUAGUGACCUUGACUGUAGCCUUAUUUGUGACUUUCGGCAUUUCCGUUACUCCCGGUUCCUAUAGAGCCCUAGCUAUCAGCCUUGUGCUGCAGAUGGCAUCUAACUUCCAGGCUGCUAUUAGGAUUGCUUCCGAGACAGAGGCAUGCUUCACAAGUGUGGAGAAGAUACUGAAGUACAUGAAGUACUGUGUCCCUGAGGCUCCUCUACAUGUGAAAGGUGUGAGUUGUCCCCAUGAGUGGCCACAGAGUGGAGAAAUCAUAUUCCAGAAUUACCAGAUGAAAUACAGAGAUAAUACACCCAUAGUCCUCAGAGACAUCAACCUGAAGAUCCCUGGGCAAGAAACAGUGGGCAUCGUGGGAAGGACAGGCUCCGGGAAGUCCUCUUUGGGUGUGGCACUAUUCCGUCUAGCAGAGCCUAUGGCUGGCCAGAUUCUCAUUGAUGGCAUGGACAUCUGUAGCAUUGGCCUUGAGGAUCUGCGCUCCAAGCUCUCGGUUAUCCCUCAGGAUCCCACUUUGUUCUCUGGAACCAUUAGAUUCAACCUAGAUCCCUCCAACUGCUACACAGACGAGCAGAUCUGGAAUGCCUUGGAGAGGACAUAUCUAGCCAAGACAGUCUCCAAAUUCCCCCAGAAGCUUCACACAGAGGUGGUAGAAAAUGGCAAGAACUUUUCUGUGGGGGAGAGACAACUGUUCUGCAUUGCCCGAGCCCUCCUUCGAAACUCCCAGAUCAUCCUUAUUGAUGAAGCCACGGCGUCCAUCGAUGUGGAGACAGAAGCCCUGAUCCAGAGCACCAUACGGGAGGGCUUCCGGGGCUGUACAAUGCUGAUUAUUGCGCACCGUCUUAGCACUGUUCUCAGCUGUGACCGAAUCCUGGUCAUGGGCAAUGGGAAGGUUAUCGAGUUCGACAAGCCUGAUGUCCUGCAGAAGCGACCUGGAUCCACAUUUGCGGCCCUGCUGGCCACUUCAGUGAGUGAAGAAGGCAACAUGGAGGCUGCAUGUGGACAAAAUACGGAACUGACAGAGGUUUCCAGACUGUUCUUCAAACAGCCUCCUCCUGGUUGCAGCCUUCAUUUAGGAGAAGACAGAGAGGUGCCGACUGUAGUUGGGCUCAGUGUUUAUCAGACUGUAGGCAAAACAGAAAACCCCACUGCAUCCUUUCACCAAACUGUCCUUGUUCGCAGAGUGAGAGACAUCGUGUACCGACCGGGGCCGCAUGGACAUCCUGAUCAAGAACCCUACAUUCUCAUGUGGGAGGACCUCUGUACCAGUCCCCCUGACUGGCCGCUUUUGGAGCCUACGAUCCUACCCAUGAAGGAGAAAAGGGAAUCGGAGUCACAGCCUAAAGAGGAGCGAGCUGUGCCCUGCAUUUACCCUGACACUACGGACCUACUUCUCUUUGAACCCCCCCCUUACAACCCAUCUGCUCGCACCCCUUCCGCUCCAGAAGGGGAGGCGACUGCAGAACCCCGUUCCCCAUCAGAUCCCUCCUUAGCUUCCCGGACUUCCCAUAGUCCUUGCCGGAUGAGAGCCAGCGAGCAGGGCCAGCUGUGGAAACCCGCAGCAGGCAAAGAGAUUCGACAUUUGGAGCUUUGCCAAUCAUGCCGCUGA